CCCGUGAACACAAACUCUGACCCGCAAGCGAGCUUUGAUACCCCAUCACACGCUUGUUCUCGGUUUCGGUUUCCCAACCUUUUUCUCUCGUGCUUGCCUCUCUUUCAAGAACAUAACCACUUCUCAACGAGCUCGAGAACACAGAAGCUGAUCCCGACCGUGCCCAUUAGUUUGAGGCUACAGCAGUAACUACCACAACACAACCGCAGACAUGGCGACCAUGGAUUUGAGGGUCGGUAACAAGUACAGAAUCGGCAGGAAGAUUGGCAGUGGCAGUUUCGGCGACAUCUACCUUGGCACAAAUAUCAUCUCCGGCGAGGAGAUCGCUAUCAAGCUCGAGUCUGUCAAGGCGAAGCACCCGCAACUGGAAUAUGAAGCCAGGGUGUACAAGUCGCUCGCCGGUGGUGUCGGUAUCCCGUUCGUCCGUUGGUUCGGAACCGAAUGCGACUACAACGCCAUGGUCCUCGACUUGCUCGGACCCAGUUUGGAGGAUCUGUUCAACUUUUGCAACAGAAAGUUCUCCUUGAAGACCGUGCUGCUGUUGGCCGAUCAGCUGAUCUCGCGUAUCGAGUACAUCCACGCCAAGUCCUUCAUCCACCGUGACAUCAAGCCCGACAACUUCCUCAUGGGCAUCGGAAAGCGCGGCAACCAGGUCAAUGUUAUCGAUUUCGGCCUGGCCAAGAAGUACCGCGACCCGAAGACCCACUUCCACAUUCCGUACAGAGAGAACAAGAACUUGACCGGAACUGCGCGUUAUGCUUCCAUCAACACCCAUCUGGGAGUCGAGCAAUCCCGUCGUGACGACAUGGAGUCUCUUGGAUACGUGAUGCUCUACUUCUGCCGCGGCUCUCUCCCCUGGCAGGGACUGAAGGCUGCUACCAAGAAGCAGAAGUACGAUAGAAUCAUGGAGAAGAAGAUGACGACCCCUACCGAGGUUCUCUGCCGUGGAUUUCCCAACGAGUUUGCGAUCUACCUCAACUACACCCGUUCUCUCCGCUUCGACGACAAGCCCGACUACUCUUACCUCCGCAAGAUCUUCAGGGAUCUCUUUGUCCGUGAGGGCUUCCAGUACGACUACGUCUUUGACUGGACCGUCUACAAAUACCAGCAGAAGAACGCCCAAGCCAUCGCGCAGGCCGCUGGCCAGCAAGGCGGUGCUGGCGGUGCUGGCGAGGACGAAGAUAAGGAGCACAAGCAGCAGCAGCGUAGGGCCCCUAUCGGCCCUAGCGGACACCCUCCCCAGCAGGCCAACAAGCCCGGCGUCGUCGGUGGCACCAGGAGAAAAGUUGGUGAGCGCGGUGGAAUGGGUGCCGAUGCUACUCAGGGCAUGAGCGGAUCCGACCGGAUGCUUCGUUCCGCCUCGAAGGGUGCUCAGGCCGGUCAGGCUGGUUUCGGUGGCAUGGCCAGCGGUGCUAAUGGUGGCGGAUAUCGCAGUGGCCAGAAACGCGACGACCCACCCGCUACCGGCGGCCAACAGUGGUACUGACUGAGCGAUUCCGCGGUCGAUUCUGCCAAAGGCUGGUGGAAUACUUUUUCGAAGCUGUAAAUGGAUCCGGCGAGCAUCUGAGUAGUCAU